AUGGCCAAGGCAUCGGCCUCAUCGCCCACCGCGACGCCGCCCUCUACUGCACUGAAGCGAACGACAUCGAGUACCCAAAACAUGAAAAGCCAAAAAUCCAUCUUGGGAUUCUUCCAAAAGUCAUCUCCCGCCACUCCUUCUUCCGCUAAACCCCGCGAACCGGCAUCGUCGCCCGCCCAACGAGCCUCCGAGAAACGUGGUGCCAGUGCGAGCAAACAGACACCUGGAGCCCAGAAAAGAAGCUUCUCGAGUUUCGCGGCAGACUUAAGUCCUGUCCCAAGUAGUGAUCUGCCUGUUCCGGAUGAAGAGGAAGAGGAUGCCGCUGUAAAGACCAAAGCCGCCCCGGUGCAGGACACCACAAUGUCUCCUUCUCGUCGCGCCAAGAAGAUGCAGGUCAGCUACAAGGAGUCUGAUUCGGAGGGCGAAGAAGACGACGAGGUCAUUUUCCGUCCAAGCCGGCAAAAUGGUCGCUCUACCAAAAGACAGAAGACCGUUGUGGAGAGCGAUGAUGAAGAGUUCGAGGGUGGCGAUAUUGGAUACUCAGAUGAUGAAAUGGAUGACUUCGUUGUUGCCGAUGAUUCAGAUGAAGACGCCGCACCCGCACCGAAGCGCAAGAGACCAGUCGCCCAGUCGUCACGCAAGACUUCGAAUCAGUCACCAUCGAUCCCGCCUCCCCCAGCGGACGAUGAGAUCGAUAUCGACAUUCCUGAAGGAUCAGCUGGUACAGCUAAAAAAUGGACAUUUGACCCCGAGAACAACGAACCUCGAAAGGAGCGUGUCGUACAAGAGAAAUCGAAAUCGAAGACACCGGCCAGAAAAGAGAAGGCCCACGUCAAGGAACCCGAAGAUCGAUACCCUUGGCUUGCGAAUAUCAAAGACAUUGACGGUAACCCCCCGGGCCACCCCGAAUAUGAUCCACGAACCAUUUACAUCCCCCCCUUGGCCUGGUCCAAAUUCUCGCCAUUUGAGAAGCAGUACUGGGAAAUCAAGCAGAAGUUUUGGGAUACCGUGGUGUUCUUCAAGAAGGGAAAGUUUUACGAGCUCUACGAAAACGAUGCCACGAUUGGCCACCAGCUGUUCGAUUUGAAACUCACUGAUCGAGUCAACAUGCGUAUGGUAGGUGUUCCCGAGAUGAGUUUGUCGCACUGGGCAAAUCAAUUCGUGGCCAAGGGAUUCAAGAUUGCUCGCGUUGACCAGUCUGAAUCUGCCCUCGGCAAGGAAAUGCGCGAGAGGGACGGCAAAAAAGGUGGCAAGGAGGACAAGAUUAUCAAGAGAGAGCUCGCGUGCGUCCUCACAACCGGUACUCUUGUCGAAGGUUCGAUGCUUCAGGACGAUAUGUCUACAUACUGUGUCGCUAUCAAAGAGGCCAUUGUGGACGACCUUCCUGCAUUCGGCAUUGUUUUUGUUGAUACAGCAACAGGUCAAUUUUCCAUGUCUGAAUUCGUGGAUGAUAUAGAUUUGACCAAGUUUGAGACCUUUGUUGCGCAAACCCGCCCCCAGGAAUUGUUGCUCGAAAAGUCUUGUGUUUCGCAGAAGACAAUGCGGAUCUUGAAAAACAAUACUGGGCCCACUACUCUAUGGAAUCACUUGAAGCCGGGCAAGGAGUUCUGGGACGCUGAUAUCACCCUGAAAGAACUGGAGGCGGCGGAGUACUUUGUAUCUCAAGAUGAUGAAAACGUCACGGCUUGGCCUGAGACACUUCGCGAAGCUCGGGAGAAAGAGCUGGCCAUGUCGGCUUUCGGUGCCUUGGUUCAGUACUUACGUGUUCUGAAAAUUGAUAAGGAUCUGAUUACUAUUGGCAACUUCACAUGGUAUGAUCCUAUCAAGAAGGCUUCUAGCCUGGUGCUGGACGGUCAGACAUUGAUCAAUAUGGAAAUCUUCGCCAACUCCUUCGAUGGAGGCAUCGAGGGUACUCUGUUCCAACUUCUCAACUGCUGCAUCACACCUUUCGGCAAACGAACAUUCAAACAAUGGGUCUGUCAUCCAUUGAUGGAUGCAAAGAGAAUAAAUGCCCGUCUCGAUGCCGUCGAUGCCUUGAACGCCGACCCGAGCAUUCGCGACCAAUUCUCCUCGCAGUUGACCAAGAUGCCUGACUUGGAACGCUUGAUCUCUCGAGUCCACGCAGGACAGUGCAAGGCUCAGGAUUUCGUGCGCGUUCUUGAAGGCUUCGAGCAGAUUGACUACACCAUCGGUCUUCUUAAGGAGUCCGGUGCCGGCGAGGGCAUCAUUGGACAGUUGAUUUCUGGCAUGCCCGAUUUGACUGGCCUUCUAGGCUACUGGAAAACGGCCUUUGAUCGGUCAAAGGCUAAGGAUAAUGGUAUCCUCGUUCCGGAACCUGGUGUUGAAGAAGAUUUCGAUAACUCGCAAGGGCACAUCGAAACGCUCCACAAGGAUCUUGACAAUAUUCUUAAGAAGGCCCGCCGGGAUCUGGGAUCUAGUGCUAUCUGCUAUCGCGACAAUGGCAAGGAGAUUUAUCAGCUUGAAGUGCCUGUCAAGGUCAAAAACAUUCCAAAGGACUGGGAUCAGAUGUCUGCCACCAAACAGGUCAAGCGAUAUUACUUCCCCGAGCUCCGAAGCCUGAUCCGUAAACUCCAGGAAGCCCAGGAAACCCACGGCCAGAUUGUCAAGGAGGUCGCCGGCCGGUUCCAUGCCCGAUUUGAUGAGCACUAUGGCACAUGGCUCGCAGCUGUCCGAAUUAUCUCCCAGCUGGAUUGCUUGAUCAGUUUGGCCAAGGCUUCUUCCUCGCUCGGUCAACCUAGCUGCCGACCUACCUUCGUGGAGGAUGAACGGAGUGUUCUGGAAUUCGAGGAGCUCCGGCACCCUUGCCUUCUUUCGUCUGUCGAAGACUUCAUUCCCAACGAUGUCCGGCUCGGUGGAAACAAACCCAACAUCGACCUGCUUACUGGUGCCAACGCUGCCGGAAAGUCUACCCUCCUCCGCAUGACAUGUGUUGCCGUCAUCAUGGCACAGAUCGGAUGCUACCUACCCUGCCAAUCCGCACGACUCACUCCAGUCGACCGCAUCAUGUCACGUCUCGGUGCCAAUGACAACAUCUUCGCCGCCCAGUCCACCUUCUUCGUUGAGCUCUCCGAAACCAAGAAGAUUCUCUCCGAAGCCACACUCAGGUCCCUGGUGAUUCUCGACGAGCUGGGUCGUGGAACCAGUUCGUACGACGGUGUUGCCGUCGCACAGGCCGUGCUCCACCACAUUGCCACACAUAUCGGUGCAAUGGGCUUCUUCGCUACACACUACCAUUCCCUGGCGGCAGAGUUUGAGGGUCACCCCGAAAUCGCGCCGAAGCGCAUGGCUAUCCAUGUCGAUGAUACCGAACGCCGCGUCACAUUCCUCUACAAACUUGAAAGUGGUGUUGCGGAAGGCAGCUUCGGUAUGCACUGUGCUGCCAUGUGUGGUAUCUCAAACAAGGUCAUCGAGCGCGCCGAAGAGGCCGCCAAGCAAUGGGAGCAUACCAGUCGUCUGAAAGAAAGCCUGGAUCGCCGCAAGGGUGGUGGCUAUGUUGGUCUCGGCUGGUGGAGUGAUGUUGCCUGGGCGUUGCGGGAGUCAACUUCUAGCACUGAGGGUGCGGAUGAAGUUACUGACCUUGGCCUCGAGGUUCUACGCAAAGCCAUUGAAGCCCUCUAA